AUGACGAUGGGUGCCACCAGGAGCCAGGCCCAGACAGCCUCGAAUCUGGCAGAGCAGAUCCUGGCCGACUUCCAGCUGCAGGAGGCUGACUUGAAGAAGGUGAUGCGGCGGAUGCAGAAGGAGAUGGCGCGGGGCCUGCGGCUGGAGACCCACGAGGAGGCCAGCGUGAAGAUGCUGCCCACCUACGUGCGCUCCACCCCAGAGGGCUCAGAAGUCGGGGACUUCCUCUCCCUGGACCUGGGCGGCACCAACUUCAGGGUGAUGCUGGUGAAGGUGGGGGAGGGCGAGGAGGGGCAGUGGAGUGUGACAACCAAACACCAGAUGUACUCCAUCCCCGAGGAUGCCAUGACCGGCACUGCUGAGAUGCUCUUUGACUACAUCUCUGAGUGCAUCUCUGACUUCCUGGACAAGCAUCAGAUGAAGCACAAGAAACUGCCCUUGGGCUUCACCUUCUCCUUCCCCGUGAGGCAUGAAGACAUCGACAAGGGCAUCCUCCUCAAUUGGACCAAGGGCUUCAAGGCCUCUGGAGCAGAAGGGAACAACAUCGUGGGGCUCCUCCGUGACGCCAUCAAACGGAGAGGGGACUUUGAAAUGGACGUGGUAGCAAUGGUGAACGACACAGUGGCCACAAUGAUCUCCUGCUACUAUGAAGACCGCCGGUGUGAGGUUGGCAUGAUUGUGGGCACAGGCUGUAAUGCUUGCUACAUGGAGGAGAUGCAGAACGUGGAGCUCGUGGAAGGGGACGAGGGCCGCAUGUGCGUCAACACUGAGUGGGGCGCCUUUGGGGACUCCGGUGAGCUGGACGAGUUCCUGCUGGAGUACGACCGCGUGGUGGACGAGAACUCCCUGAACCCCGGCCAGCAGCUGUACGAGAAGCUCAUCGGCGGCAAGUACAUGGGCGAGCUGGUGCGGCUCGUGCUGCUAAAACUCGUGGACGAAAACCUGCUUUUCCGCGGGGAGGCGUCGGAACAGCUGCGCACGCGCGGCGCCUUCGAGACGCGCUUCGUGUCGCAGGUGGAGAGCGACUCAGGCGACCGCAAGCAGAUCUACAACAUCCUGAGCACGCUGGGGCUGAGGCCCUCGGCCACCGACUGCGACAUCGUGCGCCGCGCCUGCGAGAGCGUGUCCACGCGCGCCGCGCACAUGUGCGCCGCGGGGCUGGCGGGCGUCAUUAACCGCAUGCGCGAGAGCCGCAGCGAGGACGUGAUGCGCAUCACCGUGGGCGUGGACGGCUCCGUGUACAAGCUGCACCCCAGCUUCAAGGAGAGGUUCCACGCCAGCGUGCGCAGGCUGACGCCCAGCUGCGAGAUCACCUUCAUCGAGUCGGAGGAGGGCAGUGGCCGGGGUGCGGCCCUGAUCUCGGCGGUGGCCUGCAAGAAGGCCUGCAUGCUGGGCCAGUGA